UACCGAAAGUUGAAAAACUAGUAACUGUUCAAUGAAUAUGCAGAUCAUCUUUAUUGCCAUCUCAAACACGAAGCAUCUUGGAGCAAGCAUCCGGGGGAUUGUGGGGUUAGAAAGUAGGCGUAAACAUACAUUUAAUUGUGUGUUUUUUGUGUGGCUAUUUUAUCCAUAAUUAUAAUUUAGACCUAAUUGCACUAACUACCGUGAACUCAUUUUAUUCUGUAUAUCUAAUUACUGCUCCCUUAUGCUUUGCAUGAUGUUGUCAUACGUCUAAAAUGUAAGCUUAUUAGCAAGCUUUUUUUUCCUUUUUUUUUUUCUCUCUGCAUUACAGAAGUAGUUUUUUAAAAGGUAGCUGGCAACAGAGGAAGGGAACGUGAUACGGCCAGGGUGUUUUCAGGCUCAGUGUAUCUCCAUACAACUAUCUGGGCUGCACUCAGACACACGGAGGCUUCUGAUAAAGGGCAAACCAGAAUUGAAUAAAUGUAGAUGUGCCAGAGAUGAGCAGCUGAUCCGGAAUAAAUGAGGAAUUUCAGGGUUUAAUUAGAGACUGAACAGGACACAAUCAGGCUUUGUUCAUUGCUGUGUUGGGCUGUCUCAGUGUUUUUCUUGGUUCCAGUUUAGUUGUCUGGCAUGUGUAUAAUUGUGUGAGUAUUAAAUGCACAUUUGUUUGGAAGGUUGAGAUCUGUGGAACAAGUCAUAAGUUAUUACAGGAACCGACUAAGCGCACAUGACACUUUUCAAAAUGGCAGUGUGGCUGACCAGAGAUCCUUUAUGUCAUUGGUUUAUGGUGUCAAAGUCUGUUCAGGCAGGAGUGGAGAAAGACAUUUAUGGCUGUCAUAAAUGGCAUGUAGAUCCAGUGAUGCAUAAUUGUCACGAUAGUGUCUGUCUAAGGCUAAGCUUUAUUCCAAUCAUUAAUUGAUCUAAAGCCACCUGAUUGAGUUAUUAUAAUAUAUAUUUUGCCCCUUUAAAGUUGUGUGUAAAUGACUUCAGAGUGUGACCUUGUGUCUGAGAUGUAAGAUGACACUCCAGACCUUCCUCCUGUAGCCUCCUCUACUGUACUGCUAUUAUUCACUUGCUGUGGUUUGAUGGGAAGGGACAGGCAGUCCGAAAAGCUUCCUUCAGUAAAGAAGACUCGCCUUGAUCAAAACACUUUUUAGACAAAGUGAGAAUGUUAGCCGAAUCUUGAUCUUGCAAGAAAAUUUAAGGUUUAAGAUUAGACUGAGUUGUAAACAAGGACAAUGUGUUACAUUUGCGAGUGGCCAAAGCGCUUCUUAAAAACCAUCCUGCAACAGCUGAGUCGUCAUAAGGUGGAGUUGCUGAUUGAAAAUGAAGCGGAAAAAGACUAUUUGUAUGAUGUCCUACGCAUGUAUCACCAGUCCAUGGAUUUGCCAGUGCUUGUCGGAGACUUGAAAUUAGUAAUCAAUGAACCAAAGCGUUUGCCCCUGUUUGACGUUAUCCGACCGCUCAUCCCACUCAAGCACCAGGUGGAGUACGACUUGCUAACCCCCAAAAGGUCUAGGAAGCUGAAAGAGGUGCGGUUAGAUCGGACAAAUCGUGAUGGACUUGGUUUGAGCGUCCGAGGAGGGCUCGAGUUUGGCUGUGGUCUCUACAUAUCACAAAUUGUCAAAGAUGGUCAGGCUGGUAACGUUGGUCUUCAGGUGGGUGAUGAAAUUGUUCGCAUCAACGGGUACUCCAUCUCUUCCUGUAUCCAUGAGGAAGUCAUCAGUCUUAUCAAGACCAAGAAGAUUGUAUCGCUCAAAGUCAGACAUGUGGGGAUGAUUCCUGUAAAAAGCUCAUCAGAUGAAGCCGUCAAGUGGCAGUUUGUUGAUCAAUUUGUGUCAGAAUCUGGGGAGAAAAAAAGCAGUGUUGCUGGUUUGGCAUCAAUUGGAGGGAAGGAGAUCAAGGAGAAGAAGGUCUUCCUAAGCCUCGUGGGUACCAAAGGUAUGGGCAUCAGCAUCUCCAGUGGUCCUACACAGAAACCUGGCAUCUACAUCAGCAAUGUCAAACCGGGCUCGCUAUCUGCGGAGGUCGGACUUCAGAUUGGAGACCAGAUCGUGGAGGUGAAUGGGGUGGACUUCACCAAUGUGGACCACAAAGAGGCCGUGAAAGUCCUCAAAAGCAGCAGGAGCCUGACUAUUACUGUUCUGACAGGAGCUGGCAGCGAGUUGUUUAUGACGGACGAGGAACGUUUGGCAGUGGAGGCACGCAGGGAACUGGAGAGGCAGGAGCUCAUGCAUCAGAAGAAGGUAGCCCUGGAGACUAACAAGAUCCUCAAAGAGCAGCAGGAGAUGGAGAGACAGAGGAAAAUGGAGAUCUCACAGAAGGCUGCAGAGGAAGAGCAUCGCUACAAGCAGGAGAUGGAGAGGAUUGAAGCUGUGGAGAAGAAACAGCACAGAGAAUGGGAAGAAGACUAUGGUACCGAGCGGCCUCAGGCACCUCAGAUUCAGAGGAGUGCAUCACCCAACCCUCCCGAGAUUAAAACCACUCCGUCUCCGAAGGCCAAAAGUUCUCCAUUUGGCUGGUUUUACCGAUACGAGGGGAAGCUUCCUUCAUUCCGCAAGAAAGGAGAAAAGAAGAAAAAGAAAAAAGUGUCCAACACAGACACGCUGCAGGAGCAGCGAAAAAACAAAAAGGAGAUGGAGUUUGAGCUGAAAUUGGCCAAGGAGAAAGAAGGGAUGUAUGAAAAGGAGAAGCAGUUGAAGAUAAAUCGGCUGGUUCAGGAGGUUUCAGAAACAGAGAGGGAAGACCUAGAGGAGUCUGAGAAAGUCCAACACUGGGUAGAGUGUCUUUGUCAGACUCGCUUGGAACAAAUUUCUUGUGUGGAGAACGAGUCACCAGAGCUGUCACCACCACUUUCACCUACUUCGGAGCCCAAGGUGAAGCUUUUCCCUGGCGGUCUGCACUUAGCCACGACUGACCUGGAUGACAUUAACUUGGAUCAUGUGGACAAGAGUCUGAAGGGGCCCCUGAAGAGACUAGCCCCCACCCCUCCAAUUAUUAGCCAGCCUCCCCCUCCUUUGCCUCUCCCACCGCCUUCACCCAAAUUAAACCCCACCAUCCCCAACUAUGCAUCUUCUAAAGUAGCUCCACAGCGCCGAGCACAGUCUCCACCCAACGGUGGGCGCAGACCUCACCCGACUCAAACCCCUCAUCCACCUUCCUCCCAUUACCCCCCUCAAUCAACCCGCCCGCCUUCAUCACCUCAACCCUCCCCGACACCUACCCCACCUCCACCCCCUCCUCCACCUCCACCCCCGCCCCCUCCACCUCCUCCGCCACCACAACAGUCUAAAGAAAGAGUAGGCGGCCUCAGUGGAUACCGCCAGCAUCACAAUCUGCCUCAGCCCUCAAGUCCACCCGAGCGUAGAAGUGAGUGGGAGACAGGUGGCUACCUCCCGAGAGGGGGCAUCUACUCAUCCAACACCAGUGAAGUGUCUUACCCUUCUAGUCCCAAGGUUAUGAGAAAUACUUCGCAUGCCAGUCGCAUUUCCACGCCUUCCUUGCAACUAGCACCUAGUCCUCCGAACCAGCGGCGUCCUACUGUCCCCGCCGUGUCGAAGCCCGUCAUGCUGCCUCAGUCGCAGACCCACCGACCAGACCUGCUCAGACCCGCUGUUCGUUCCGAUGGGCUGCCUGCAGAAAUGUUGAAACGAAUGGUGCCUUUCAACUCAUCUUUUAAAUCAAACAACAAACCACAAGGCUUUCAGAAGUACGAGGAAGACUUCGAUCCCCACUCUAUGUUCUCAUCGGACCAGAUAGCAGGACGUGACGUGAGAUUGCUGCGUAUCAGAAAGGUGGGACAGCUUGAUUUGGCCCUGGAGGGGGGCGCUGACUCACCUUUAGGGAAAUUAGUGGUGUCGUCUGUGUAUGAGGGAGGGGCUGCAGACAAGCACGGUGGCAUUGUAUCAGGUGAUGAACUUAUGGCUGUUAAUGGGAAGAUCCUACUAGAUGCCCCACUGAGUGACGGACAAAACUCUCUGGCACGAGCUUGGAAUAGUGGCGGGGACUGGAUCGAUGUUGUGAUUGCAGUAUCGCCCCCAAAACAUUAUGAAGAUGAAGUCCCAAAAGCAGCAUCAGUCAGUCCCAGUGUGAACAGAAAGGUGUUUGAAGGCAGUGCAACACUGUACAGGCACGGCUACCUGCUUCAGCCCUAACCCGCAACCCGGUAACUCCAUCUGCUUUCAAACCUCCUCUUCUGCACAGCAGAGUGGAUGUUGAUGUUGUCUGUGGCAUUGCCCCGCCCCAAUUGAGCUCACGUGACUGUCAAUCGGGAGGAACAAAACUACUAUUUUAGUGUGCUCUCUUGCCACAUUGGUGAAACUGGCAGCCGUGAGAAUGCACAAUCGAAUUUUUCUUUUUCAGUCAAAGAACAAAAGAAAGGAGGCUCAAGGCAAUAUCUCUUUAUUCAUUGUGCUCUAGAUAGCAAUAUGGUGAAGACACAACUAAUGUGAUCACGGACCCAUCCUAUUGUAUAUCUGCAGACCCUGCGUGCUUUAUAUACCCAUGUGUGGCCUGUGUGGUAUUGUCCUGAGCCCUGAGGUCAUGGACAUUCAUAAAGCAAACCAAGACUUCUUGUUCAGAUUGAUGUUGUUCCUCGGGACUGACAUGUUCUAGCAUGCCUUGUCACUUAAGUGACCGAGUGGGGGAGUUCUGCACUCGCACACACUGGUUUUGUUUUCAAAAGUUUAGUUGCACUUAAAAUUAAAAAUACAAAGAAAAGUUUUGGGCUGCAAUUUCAAGUGGAUUAUUAUUUGCUUGUACAACUCGGCUGCAUGUGUGUUAGAUUGAUGUGUUGCAGAGCGUCUACGGGACAAAAUGUUUUCUCAAUGUGCUCGCAUUCC